AUGCACAAGAGUUUACAGUUCUAUUCAAAACUGUAAGCGCUUCUAUAUUUAUUAAUUCUACUUUACAGUGACUUUAAAUUCUACUCUACAGUUCUACUUCAUAACGGAUGCCUUUUGGGGUAUCAGAGUGUAUACUAUAACGAAAGGUGGCUGUACUAAAAGUGUUUACAGUUUUAUAUCAAAACUGUACGCGCUUUUAUAGCAGUAGUCCUACUCUACAGUGAAUUUGAAUUCCACUCUACAGUGACUUUGAAUUCUACUCUACGGUCUCCCUUCACAACGGAUGCCUUUUGGUGUCUCAGAAUGUAUACUAUAACGAAAGGGUGGCUGUAUUAAUAUGCUUACCUUUUUACCUCAUUGAAGAAGGAACAAGUUGGAAGGAUUUUCAUCUUUUUUUUAUUUUCCCGGUGAGUUACAAUGUGUGGAUGCUGCAAAAAAAAUAGUCGUAA